CGCAGCUGUGCCCAAAUUUAAGAUCGAUUAAUUAUGUCAUGUGCUGCUCAUUUGUUUCUAUGUACACUAGAUAGAUUAAUUCAAGCUAAGGUAGUUUCUUCAUUUCUACAGCUCGUAAGAUACUGCUGCUGAUUGUCUGAAGUCUGAACUGAGCUCAUGGAGACUGUUUCGACAAACGAGGGUUCCGGUAAGGGCGCGAUGUGGGAGCUGGAAAGGAACCUCGAUCAGCCCAUGGAUGCAGAGGCCGGGAGACUGAGGAAUAUGUACAGAGAAAAGACCUACCCAACAAUUUUGCUGCUGCGUCUAGCCUUCCAAAGCCUUGGUGUGGUAUUUGGAGACUUAGGCACAUCACCUCUUUAUGUUUUCUACAACAUCUUUCCUCAGGACAUAGAAGACACGGAGCAAGUGAUUGGAGCGCUCUCGCUUAUUAUCUACUCCCUUACCCUGAUUCCACUUGUCAAAUAUGUGUUCAUUGUCUUGAGGGCGAACGAUAACGGCCAAGGUGGAACAUUUGCUCUUUAUUCACUGCUUUGCCGGCACGCAAAGAUAAACAUUAUUCCCAACCAACAUAGAACAGAUGAAGAUCUAACAACAUAUAGCCGUCAGACAUAUGACGAGAAAUCUCUUGCUGCAAAGAUAAAAAUAUGGUUAGAGGGGCAUCAGUUCAGAAAGAAUGUCAUUCUUAUUCUUGUACUCUUUGGUACUUGCAUGGCUGUUGGAGAUGGAAUUCUCACUCCUGCCAUAUCAGUUCUUUCAGCAACUGGUGGAAUACAGGUUGAAGUACCUGGGAUGAGAAAUGAUGUGGUUGUAAUAGUCUCUGUGGUGAUAUUGAUUGGACUGUUCAGCAUGCAGCACUAUGGUACAGAUAAAGUCAGUUGGCUUUUUGCACCGAUAGUAUUCCUUUGGUUCAUACUUAUUGGAGUCCUUGGAGCGGUGAACAUUUAUAAAUAUGACAAGUCAGUUCUUAAGGCGUUCAAUCCUAUUUAUGUAUAUCGUUACUUUAAGCGAGGGAAGACUAGCUGGGCUUCCCUAGGAGGAAUCAUGCUCAGCAUAACAGGGACAGAAGCACUGUUUGCCGACCUUUCAUUUUUCCCUGUACAAGCUAUUCAGAUUGCUUUCACUACGGUUGUGUUCCCAUGCCUUCUUCUGCAGUAUACUGGUCAAGCUGCCUAUAUAGCUACGUACAAGAAAAAGGUCAACCAUUCCUUCUAUUAUUCUCUUCCAGAAAGUAUACUUUGGCCAGCGUUCGUCAUUGCAACAGCUGCUGCAAUAGUUUCAAGCCAGGCAACUAUAUCCGCGACGUAUUCUAUUAUCAAGCAAGCACUUGCUGUGGGAUGCUUCCCCAGGGUGAAGAUCAUCCAUACUUCCAAGAAGUAUCUUGGACAGAUAUACAGUCCAGAUAUCAAUUGGAUCCUCAUGAUUCUCUGCAUCGCAGUCACAGCUGGAUUCAAGAAUCAGUCCCAGAUUGCAAAUGCGUAUGGUACUGCUGUCAUAAUAGUUAUGCUCGUGACAACAUUUCUCAUGAUCCCCAUAAUGCUGCUGGUAUGGCGCAGCCACUGGAGCUUGGUCGUCCUCUUCACCGUGCUGUCACUGGCGGUCGAGAUCCCGUACCUGACUGCUGUCAUGCAGAAGAUCGACCAGGGAGGCUGGGUUCCGCUUGUGUUCGCCGUGGCAAUCCUCGUCAUCAUGUAUGUGUGGCAUUACGGCACGCUCAAGCGCUACGAAUUCGAGAUGCACAGCAAGGUGUCCAUGGCGUGGAUCCUCGGCCUCGGGCCGAGCCUCGGCCUUGUCAGGGUCCCUGGGAUGGGCCUUGUGUACACUGAGCUGGCGAGCGGCGUUCCCCACAUCUUCUCGCACUUCAUCACGAACCUGCCGGCAAUCCACUCCACGCUGGUGUUCGUCUGCGUCAAGUACCUACCGGUGUACACCGUGCCGCCAGACGAGCGGUUCCUCGUGAAGCGGAUUGGGCCCAAGAGCUUCCACAUGUUCCGGUGUGUGGCACGGUACGGGUACAAGGACAUCCACCGGAAGGAUGACGAUUUCGAGAAGAUGCUCUUCAGCAGCCUGCUGCUCUUUGUCCGGCUGGAGAGCAUGAUGGAGGAGUACACCGACUCCGACGAGUACAGCGCCCGGGAUCAGCAGGAGCUGAUCCAUGAAGCUAGCAGCGACGCUGACCUCAGCUACGCAUCCCGUGACUCCAUUGUCCCGGUGCGCACCCCGAACCACGGCUCAGGGGGGCAGACGACGAUGACAAUGACGCCGGGGUUCCAGACGGUGGGCGACGAGGUGGCGUUCUUGAACUCGUGCCGGGAUGCCGGGGUGGUUCACAUACUUGGGAACACCGUCAUCCGGGCACGCAGGGACUCGGGGUUCGUGAAGAAGUUCGCCAUCGACUACCUAUACGCCUUCUUGAGGAAGAUCUGCAGGGAGAACAGCGCCAUCUUCAACGUUCCCCAUGAGAGCCUGCUGAACGUUGGGCAGGUGUUCUAUGUGUAGCUCAAACUUCAAACCGAAUGUAAAUCAAUGUGUGUAGAUUAUGUACAGGGAAUUGUACGGCGAUGAAUUUUGAAGUGAUAAUUAUGCAUAUCUGAAAGCUAUAGAAUGUAAACGAACUGGACAAAUUUCAGUGUGGUGCGAUUCAAAUACGUGUUUGAAUCCAAUUAGUACUUCUUUA